AUGCGUCGUUAUUCCUCGCUUCGCCCGACUGGCGUCUUGCUGCGGCCUCCUCUCAUCCCUGUCGGUACUCUUUGUACCCCGCGUACGUCGUACAGCACACCCGGCAAGGUGAAGGUCUGUGUUAAGACGCAGGAUGGCACUCUAUGCGACUUCGAGGCGCCAGCUGGCAUGUCUCUGAUGCAUGCGAUUCGCGAUGUAGCAAAGCUGGAGAUGGAUGGAGCCUGCGAUGGCUGCGCGCAGUGCUCGACUUGUCAUGUGUAUCUUUCCAAGUCAUGCUUCAAGAAGCUUGGGAAACUCUCUGAGCAGGAGCAGGACAUCCUCGACAAAGCACUCGACCUCAAGGACACGUCCCGGCUCGCAUGCCAAAUCAUCCUCACCCCUGAUAUGAGUGGCUUAGAGGUGGCGCUUCCAAGGAGUGUCACAAACCUACUCCUGUGA